AUGUGCCCACCAAACUCAUCUGCUGGACCACAAUCAAGCUUCAGGCCUACGCACUUUCUUGGUUACCAGAACAUCACACUAGCGUUCUCUGUUGCUCCCGGCCAAGACACCAGCAGCGCUGUGGAUGCUUUGAUGGAAUCUGUUCUGAAUGAUUCCGGUGAAAAUACGGCACCGGGAAAUAGCAACACGUUUGAAAACAACCAAAUAUUUGCUCAUAACGAAGCACUUCCCAAUGGUCAAGCGCCUAUAAACUACGAACGCGAUCAACUAGGGGCUGAUCUUCCAGCAGCUCACCAGCCUUAUAUCCCAGACCCUGAGACUGCGACUACUCCCCCUAUUCAAACGCGGAUAGCCAACGGGGAAGUGAAACGGGAGUCAUCAGCUCCAGCGAUAUGGAGGAACGACGCCGGCCCUGGAUUUGUCCCAUUGGAACACCUUUUCUACGGAGGCCCGUAUGAAGGGGAGAACCAUAAAGAAAUGAUGCAUAUUUUCUCGGAAAUCGGACGGAAACCCGAGACAACAGAUGCAAUUCCUGCUCAACCGGGGACAGGUACCCAACCCGCUCUGCCGUGGACACCCAUCCAAUCUACACCUGGGCGUCGAGUCCUAGCUUCUCCGCCAAGUCCGCCGGCUCUUGAAUUCGGAACCUACAGAGGGAAAAGAUGGGCUGAGUGCGUACAUUACAUCAAUACCAUGGAAGCUCACUUCUCCCGGUACCCUAAUUACUACACCGAGACUCGUAAAGUGGAGCUCGGGGCAAAAUACAUCUCGCCCGCGCUGAUGGAUAAGUGGCACGAUCACAUAAUGUCGUCAGAAAACGCGUCAUGGAUGUCAUACUGUACCUUUCUGGCUCAGCAGCUCUCACGAUACGCAGACCACAGGCAAGCCCUUAUGGGAAUUGCAAGCGCCUCCCAGAAAAUUGCUCAACCUGUGACUCAUUUUGCUCUCUGGCUAAUCCAGUGGGAGCCUGUCGCUCCCGACGUUAGCAACAGUGAAUUUAGGGCCUACCUGCUGAGAGGAGUCCUCCCCGAUAUUCGCGCUCGUGCGCAAAAGUCGUACAUGGAGUUUUUGGAUUAUAAUUCAUUUGCUAUGUAUUUGCAGGAAAUCGAAAACUCCACUCCAUCCCGAGCGAAAUUUUUCGCAAAACGGAAUAAUAGUACCGCCCCAACCGACGGGCUUUUCGUCCCGAUGAAUACGAAUGAAGCUGCGCGGAAACACAAGGAAAUUUUGCCGUCAGACCUGCCUACCGAGCCGCGUAGUCAAUUCAUACGUCAAAAAUCAACAGAAGUGCCGGCUCCUCGGGACCUCGGGCUCUACUCGGCACGCAGCUGGUGGGAAUGCAAAACUUUCAUGUCCAAAUUGCAAGAUUACUUCGACAAAUGCGGAAACCACUGCAAGGAAGCUCAAAAUCGAGAUCGGCAGGGACAAUCUCUCGCGUGCAUUGCUUCAUAA